CAUCCAAAUGUGAUGCCUGGUAUCGGCUGGGAAACAUGGCUAUGAGGGGGAGGAUCCACUGCUGCUUGACGACGCGAAAGCUUCUCCUGACGCUCCUCCUCACGAAGUCUAUCUGACUCCUCCUGACGUUUUUUCCGCUCAGAUACUGUAACGUUGCGUCCGAGAACCCUCGAUUUUUCCUUGCCCCUUCUUUCGCUCAUUGUUGCCUGCUAUCAAGAAAAUAAAAUUAUUUAUUUUCAGAAUUGUAAUUGACAACCAUACAUCUUUUAACUAUACAUAAUAAUUAUUUACAACCAUAAAAUUUAUGAAUUCCAAUACAAAUUAUAUUGUCAAAUACUAAUUAUAUUAAUCAUCACAAACCCUCGUACUAAUUCUUACCCUUUCUUUCGCUUAUUUUACCAACUAUCAAGAAAAUAAAAUUAAUUCUUCUUAGUAUUGCAAUUAACAAUCCUAUAUUCAUUAACUAUUUAUAAUCAUUAUUAACAAUCAACAACUUUUUCAAUUCAAACACUACUUAUAUUGUCAAAUGUUAAUUAACAUCCUCUCAUCACACAACAACGCAACAAACAGAUUCUUUUCUUCCUUCCCAUUAUAAAAUGUCAUAUAUUGAUUAUAAUUCACCAUUCAAAUUUAUAUAUUAUUAAUUAAAAUGAACAUUCUAAUCAUUAACAUUUGCAUUUUAAUUGAAAAAAAAAUCAAAACGGGUCGGGCGGGUCGGAAAACGGGUCGGACCAGGGUUCGGGCGGGUCGGAAAACGGGUCGGACCAGGAUCAGGGCGGGUCGGAAAACAGGUCGGACUAGGGUCAGGGCGGGUCGGAGACCGGAUCGGACCAGGGUCGGGGCAGGUGGGCUACCUGGCUCCGCCGAAUCCGCGCAGGCGCCUUGCCUGCGUCUACCCCCGGCCAAAUCGAUCGCCCUACUUGCCUCUAGCCACUGGCGACGGUUUUCAACCCGUAUAGUCGGCGCAACUCAACCAAAAUAGAAGGGAGGGAGAGAGAGAUUUACCUCCGGCGGGUCUGAGCAGCGUUGCGGCAGCGGGUCUGCGGUGGCGGCAGCGGGUUGAAAAGAGAAGGGUUGCGGCAGCGGGUCUUGGUGGCGGCAGCGGGUUGGAGGCUUCUCCUCGGCGACAGUCACAUGCGGAGGUGAGUUUGGUUGACGGCGAUAGUUUAGGGCGGCGGCGGAGCUCUGGGCGGCGGCUCUGGUUGACGGCGGGUCUUGGUGGUAGAUGGCGAUAGUUUAGGGCAGCGGCGGGUCUUGGUGGUUGAGAUUGUGUUUUGUUGAUUUGGGGGAGAACAGGGUAAGGGAACGGCAGGGAAGGGUUGGGUGGGUGCAUUUAGGGUUUAGGUUAAAUGAGGGGUAAAAUCGUCCAUGUAUGUAAGUUUAGGGCUAUAAAUUCAAAAACUUAGGGCUAUAAAUAAGAAUUCAGAAUAAAUCCCAUCCCUUUCCUUCUCGCCUGCAGAUUGCAGUCUCUCCUUCCUCGAACACCCUUCAAACGCAGCGGCGGCGGCAUUAGACCCAAAUCUUCACGCAUCGGCCGAAUAAUCACCAGCUACAUUCUCACACAAUCUUCUCGCCCGUCCCAAAUCCCCAUUUCAGCUCAGCCUCCCAGUUUCGGCAUACGAACCGCCGGCUCCACGCUUCUAUCCCCCUCCGCCGAUUGCCAAUCACUGAAGAAUGAAUAAGGGAGGAGCAGGCGGCGCCGGAGGGGCGGGAAGCGGCACGACGGCUGCGGCCGCGGCAGCUGCGGCACAGAAGCAGAAAGCGUUGAUGCAGAGGUUGGAAACCGAUAUUGCCAACAUCGUCGACAAUUUCACCCACCUCGUCAACGUUGCCAGGGUCAAUGAACCCCCGGUGAGGAACACGCAGGAAGCGUUCAUGAUGGAAAUGCGUGCCUCCAGAAUGGUUCAGGCAGCCGAUUCGCUACUUAAGUUAGUAUCCGAGUUAAAACAGUCUGCCAUUUUCUCUGGGUUUGCAUCUCUCAAUGAUCACGUCGACCAACGAAUAGCUGAAUUCAACCAACAGGCAGAGAAAACUGAUGACAUGUUAGCCAGAAUUGCAGAGGAGGCUGCUGCUAGUCUCAAGGAGCUCGAAUCUCAUUACUACUCUUCCUCACAGAGAACAAAUCAAAACUUGGAGCCUUGAAACUAAGGGUAGCUAGCUCUUCAAACUACUGUAACCAUGCUGAAACUUUUUUAUGCUAGGAUCUCUAGAUUUUGCUGUUUAGAUUCUGUAUAUGUGUGUGUAAUCACCAUUUGGCAAUGCACAAUGAAAAAUUCUCACUGUUUAGAUUGCUGUUUACGGCUUUCUUAUCUAAUGAGAUCCACAUGAUCUCAACUCAGCAACACAUAAUCAUUUUCUUGAGACAUCGCAUCGUUUGGAUUUGGAUGACGUAUCAGAAGGAGGAAUUGCUUGGCGGGAAAAAUAAGACAUGAUUGAAUGUUAGAAUCCAGCAUUUUGAGAAUCGUUUCUAGGUCAUCAAAACGCUUUUUCCUUAUUAAUGUAGUCAAAAUAUGCGCUUUAAAGCUAAAAAGCUUACGCUUUUACGCCUUUUGAUCACCAAAAUACUUCUGCAUAGCGCGUUUUGACUACUUUGAUUUUAAGGAUCCAUCAUUCAACAACUAUCACUGCGGCCGGGUUCGACCGGGUGAGGGUUUGGGCCAGAUCCGCAGCUGGAGAUAAAAACGGUUCGUUUGA